GAUCUUCUCCAGAGCAAUCUAAGAUUAUCCCCUGCAUUCUUUAUGUAAUUAUCUUUUAUGUUGAUAAGUUGCUCAGUCCAUGAGAACAGCUCUUUUGGUUGUAGUCUACUUCUUGUGAUUGUAGCUAUUCUCAAUGCAAUGCUUAUUCGUGCAACUGGUCAGAGUCUGCAGAAGGCGUAUGCCCAGCAUCUGGAAGCUCUUGAUCUUUUCAAGUUGUCAGAAGAAUCAGGGAUGUUACCAUCAGGAGACAUUGCAGCCCUGGUCUAUCUGUGGAACCCUUUCACAAUAGUUGCAUGUGUGGGUCUAUUGACAUCCCCUAUUGAAAAUUUGGCAAUCCUAUUAGCCUUUUAUGGUGCUUGUAAAGGACUGGUUCCCUUGGCAGCUUUUGGAUGGGUCUUGGCUACUCACAUGUCUCUUUAUCCGGCAAUACUUAUAAUUCCAAUUAUUCUCUUCUUGGGGUAUGGUCCAGAUGCUCCUCCUAGAAAAUUGUUCCUACAAAGGAGCUACAGGACAUGUGGAAGUCGCUCCAAAGUCUUGCUUUCAUCACUGCUGCUACUUUAUUCUCCCAUACAAAAUGCAAGCAAUUCAUUAAUUGAUUGUGUAAUUGGACUUGCAGAGUUGUCGGAAUGGUGA